CUUUUUUUCUAGUAUCACUGACCCGGAAGUGAAACCAAACAAGCGGUCUCUGGAUUUGUUUAUUUUCAUUCACCGAACAAAGGCAUAAUAACGUAAAGAUCUUGUUGAGGGCGUUAUUUGAGUUCCCCGUGACCCGGAAGUGUUGGAUCUGCCGCAGUGUUUUGGCCGCUUCUCCUCGGGUGUUUGUUUACCUGUGAGGUUCUGCGGUUCUGGACUGGAUGUGAUGAACGGGAGCGCGAACACGCCUCUGGAUAAAGAGGAGCACGUGCUGAAGCUCGGAGACAGUUUCGAGAAGAGACCCAAAUCAUCCUUCCACACCAUCAGAUAUGACUUCAAGCCGGCGUCGAUCGACACGUCGUGUGAAGGAGAGCUGCAGGUGGGCAAGGGCGAGGAGGUGACCAUCACACUCCCACACAUCCCGGGGUCCACGCCGCCCAUGACCGUCUUCAAGGGCAACAAGAGGCCGUAUCAGAAGGACUGCGUGCUCAUCAUCAACCACGACACGGGCGAGUUCAUGCUGGAGAAGCUCAGCAGCAGCAUACAGGUCAAGAAGACCAGGGCCGAGGGCAGUAGUAAGGUCCAGGCUCGUCUGGAUCAGCAGUUGGUGAGAGCGACUCCACUGACGGCUCAGUUUCGCACCCCACUCCGGCCAGCGGGGGGCGCUAGGAGCUCGCCAGGCAAAGACAACCCUUCACCAGAGCCACAGCUGGACGACAUCAAGCGAGAGCUGCGGGCCGAGGUGGACGUGAUCGAGCAGAUGAGCAGCAGCUCUUCUUCCUCAGACUCGGGUAGCGGCGCUGAAGACCACAGCUCCGGGAGCGACUCCGAACCCGACACCCGUCUCUCUCCCGGCGGGAACCGCACAGACAACGGACUCAGCCAAUCACAGGGCAGCAGCCAGCUGAUGAACACUCUCAGCCAAUCACAGGGCAGCAGCCAGCUGAUGAACACGCUCAGAAAUGAUCUUCAGCUGAGUGAAUCUGGCAGCGACAGCGACUGAUGCGGAGAUCAGCUCGUCUGCUCAUCUGAACAUCCGGAUGCUAGAGAAUGUUUUAAAGAAUGUUAAAUAACUAUUAGAUUUUAUUUUUAUUGCAGAGGGCCAUUUUGAACCGAUAUGGUUGUGUAAGAAUGUAAUAUUGUACCUUUGGUUGUUCAGUGUUUUUAUGAAGUUUAUUGUUCAGUGUUACACACACACACACACACACACACACACCAUCUGUGAGGUUCAGUCCUGUUUCCUACAGUGUGGAAUCAGUGCAGACUCAAAUCAUUUCGGCUCAUCUUAGUUGUUUUUUGUUUGUGUUUCUAUGACUUAAGACUCGCAAUACUUCAUGUUGCAUACAUAUUUCAAAUUGUUGUCGAUACCCAAAUCUGUGUAUGUGAUCAUCUCUAGAUGUAUAAACUGCUUGUUUAACCAAACGCAAAUGGUUGUAAUGCGAUAAAUGUUGUAUAUAGUGUGUAUGUCAGAUAAAGACAAAAACAAGAGCAGUG